UUUAUGUGUACAAUUUGUGUACACCCCAUACUAAUAACCUCACAAGGGCUCGAACCAAAAGCCCCCUAAAUGCUUUGGGAGAUCUUAUUGGCAUCACAUAUACUCCGUAUAAAUCACGUGUUUAGUCUUGUGAGUUGAGAACAUCGUCCAGUUCAAUCCCCAACCCUGCGAUACCAAUCCGUUUAAUCGUUACGGACAGCAGCAAAGAAAGGAGAAAAAGAUCAAUCAAAAAGACCAGAGCUAGCAAGAGAUCGACUAUCUCAGAUCCCAAACCACUCAAAAGAUCUGAACAAUGUCUUCGACCUUCAGCGGCGAUGAAACUGCUCCAUUCUUCGGUUUCCUCGGCGCCGCUGCCGCUUUGGUCUUCUCCUGCAUGGGGGCAGCUUACGGAACAGCUAAGAGUGGGGUAGGAGUGGCGUCGAUGGGUGUGAUGAGGCCGGAGCUGGUGAUGAAAUCAAUCGUCCCGGUUGUUAUGGCUGGUGUGCUAGGUAUUUAUGGCUUGAUCAUUGCUGUCAUCAUCAGCACCGGAAUUAACCCUAAAACCAAAUCCUAUUACCUGUUCGAUGGGUAUGCUCACCUGUCUUCCGGUCUCGCUUGUGGCCUCGCUGGCCUAUCUGCUGGAAUGGCAAUUGGAAUUGUUGGAGAUGCUGGUGUCAGAGCUAAUGCACAACAACCCAAGCUAUUUGUUGGGAUGAUCCUUAUUCUUAUUUUUGCUGAAGCUUUGGCACUUUAUGGUCUCAUUGUUGGCAUUAUCUUGUCUUCUAGAGCUGGCCAGUCCAGAGCAGAUUAAAAACAAAACUGUGGGUAACAACUUCUACUUUAUUGUAAGUUGUGUGUUACACUUUGGAAGAAAAGAAAGACACAGUUUUCUUUAAAGUUCAGAAACUUCAGAUGUUCCAGGGUGGUCUUCAUUCUUUGACUCUCAUUCCUUUUCCCUCGGUUAUUUGUUUGUUUCCUUUUCUUAUUUUGUGCUAAUAACUUAAUAAGUAGUUUGCUUGUACCGAUAAUUAGUAUUAUGUACUUAGUUUUGUGCUGAAUAAGAGUUCUCCAAUGUGUUCAUCUCUAAAUAUUCCCCAUUUGUGUGAUGACUUUUAAUGGUUGUGUGUUAUUAUAACGUGUUUGGUUAGGAGAUCACUUAUAUGAAUCUGGUUUUCAUUCAAAUUACUACCAGGUGACAAAUAAUUAGGGGAUGUUUGGAACUGAUUCUACUUCUGUUUCUUUUUUAAAGCAGAAUCAGAUUUCAGAUUCUGGUCUCCCCAGCUUCUAAAAAACUGAUUCUAGGAGUAAAUUAGAACACCAGAAGUAGUUCUGCACUUUCACCUAAACACUCCAACUUCUUCUUCUGCUCUCUGUAGGAGCAUUAUCAGUUUUAAGAAUCAGAUCCAAACACCCCCUUAGUAGGUCAAUUUGGUACUUUGAGCCCACGUUUACCUCAAUAUAUGAUUUAGCAAAUUUAGCACGCUGUUUAAUCAUCUGUCAUCUGUGAGACUGAGACUUUUGCACCCUGUAGCAAUGGGUGCAACUUAAAUAUUAUGUUUAAUUCACUGGGUGCAAAGUCUAAUGUUAUCAAUGUGCAUUAGGAUGCGCCUAUGCGCUGUGUGAAGUCUCAGAAAAUAAAAUAUGAGGUGCAAUACUGCAAUGCCAAUUAGCGUUAAAGCAAUACUAAUACUAAUGUAUUACUAUUAAUUUGUGUACAAAUCGUUCACUUGAUUUCCUCUGAGCAAUUGAAGUCUUUAUCUUAAUGGUCAUUGUUCUGUACUCAGUAUUGGCAAUUGAACAUUAAUGAUAUGCAUACUGUGUUCAAAGCCUCUAAAAUGUGGGAUGUGUACUUCAACAAUACCUGAGAAUUUUGAAAGUGUUUUAUGUGAGAACAAGUAAGAUUUCUAAUUUAUGUUCAUUACAAUCUCUCUAUUAACUAAAAGAUUAUGAUGGGGUGUUUUUAUCUCAUUGAAUAAAUGUUGGCACAAUUUAAGAUAUUGAACAUAGUAUUUUCAACAACUUAUUUUACAUAUCUUGUAUAAGUUGUAUUCUAACAUGUUAUUUUGUACUCCCUCGUCCCUCACAUCUAUUGGACUUUGCUAAUUUUCCCUUAUUGGUUGUCCCAAAACACUUUGCUACUUUUCUAUUAAGGUCUUCUGUAAUUAAUUUGUGUUCCUUCACAUUUCUCUCUCUACACAAAUCACAAUCGCUCGGUUUUUAUUUUUCUUAUUUCUCACAUACUUUUUAACAUGUUAUUACUCAUUUCUGAAUUCAAAGCUUUUUCCUUUAAGUUUCUUAUAUCCGAACACCUAAUACCAACGACUGAGAUUCAAAUGUUUGCAUACUCAUUACAAAAGUCAUCAAUAAAUACAGGAAAAAUAACAAUAAUAGUUUUUUAUUGCAUAUUCUAACUUAAAUAUUCGUAGCUAUCAAUUAUUUUAAAAUAACCCCAACUAAUGGGCCAUGCUUUACUGAUAACUUGUUGUUCAAAUCAACAAAAUUAUACUAUGUACAUACCAUUAAUAUUACGAAUAUACUCAUAGACUCAUAGUAAUGUGACUGGACAGACUAAAAGUCAGAAGUAAUCUAUUUUUGUAACACUUGUAACAGAAAAUCAUUCAUAUUACGGAGUACAUAAUACAUACUAGUACUAGUAUAAGAAAGGGAUGAUCACUAAGGUUCAAUCUCCAGCACCAGAAAUACAAACGUAGUCUUAUACUAUUCUAACCGAUCAACAACGCAACGCAUUACCAGUUUGCCAUUCCACUAAUAGAUGCUUUUCAGAUUAGCCCAUAGGAAUGAGCUUCAGUUUUACUUUAAAAAAAAGAUUACACCCAACCCGGAGGGCUAAGGGCUUUUCAGAACCGAUCGAACAAUUAUAUGAGAGAAUGUAAAUUGAGUUUUGAUUUCAUUCUGAAGAAAAGAAAGUGUAGUUUCAUCACAAGGAUGUCCGACUCACAAACAGAGGGAUACCACACACUAUUGAUCGUCCAACCAAAAGGAUGCCGACUCACACACGGAGGAAAGGCGUAAAGAUAAGCCCAAACUACUGCUUUGAGGCUGUUGCCCCAACAAAACACAAGGAGAUAUCAAGUGUUGUGGUUCUUCAUGACUUCACAUAAAUAAAAAGAAAUAAAUCCCGAAUAAAUCUUCUAUACUUG